CCAAGAGCAAUGAUAUUACAGUCGGCACGACAUCCUACAGGAACACAAAACAAUGCAGUGCUUGUGUACAGGAGUUAGCGCAACACCACCAGGAUUACUUUAUGUCCAACUUCGGCUUGGACGUCCACCUGUCCGGAGACGGUCCCCUCUCUGAGGCGGCGGCCAUGUUCGCCGCUCUUCCUCCAGGUCACUCGAUGUUCCAGAUCCGCCGCCGGUUCAUUGACCGCGCCAAACGAAUCGACACCGUCUCGCGCGCUCUCUUUCCCCUCACCUUCCUCAUCUUCAACGUCUUCUACUGGCUCACCUACAAAGUUCUGCGUAACGAGGAUUUCCACUCCGUCCUGUGAACGCUGUGGACUGAAGGACACCGCUCCAGCGCUUUCACAUCACCGUCAUGGACGGUUCACUGAACAGACUGAAUCAGUCAGCGAAGUGGAAAUUAGCAAGCAUUGUGUUUGGCUCCCGUGUAGCUUCCUGUAGCUUAUCUCACAACCUUACGUUCCUGCCUGUAACCUAACCUUAAGUUCACACCAGCAGGUCACAAGUCGUUCAUGCGCUUGUACAUUGUCUUUCACUAAGCAAUGGAGUAAGCUAAUUUAUGUACGCUUAUAAAUUUACGCACUCAUCAGCAUUGUUUAGUUAGCAAGGAAAGCAUUCUGUGAUAGCUACGUGCACUUCCUUUUCAUGCUUCUUCAUGAUGUUUCUGUACAUAUUUGAACAAUGAUCGAUUGUAAAUGAUUUUCCGUUUUAUUUUUUUUUAUUUUGUAUCAGACACAGCAAAGGUCAAAAG